AUGUCUUUCAAUAAGUCCUCAUUAACAGAAGAUAUGAAUGUAUCAGCCACUCAAGACAGUUACCACAAAGUAAACACAUGGAACAUCCACGAAGACUUCCUCAGUUUGCAGACCACAAGAAAUAUCGAAGAAAUUACAUCAUGUGGCUUUCACAACUUAAAUUUUCUCAUUGGAUCCCCAGCCAACAUCCUCAACAUGAUCGUCUUCUAUCGUCAGGGACUUCGAGAUCGGAUGAACCUCUGUCUCUUCUGUCUCGCCUUCACUGACCUCAUGUAUCUGAUGACAAUCUUUAUAAUAGAUGCUUACUGCUUCAUAGGCAUCCCCUUUCCUGACCAAAAGGAAAUGUGGAAAUGGACUCCGAACAUCAUCUUGGCGCUGGUGCGAUUUGCUGUCCCAGAGUUCCAUGUUGAUGGUCGCUAUGGAAACCUGUUCAUGACUACACACUACAUCGCUAACCUUCCAGUAAUGUUCAACACUUCCAUCAACUUUUUCGUCUCCUACGUUAAAGGUCAGGCAGUGUUGAUGCGAAUGCUGGUGGAGGUGUGCUGUAUCUACAUCCUGUGCACGACUCCAAACAUCAUCCUGGCCCUGGCGCGAUUUGCUGUCUUCGAGUUUCGAGCUGAAGGGCGAUACACUCUUACUUUGAUAGGACUGCGUAACGCCAUGGCCUGGAGAACAUCCUCAGCCAGCUCGUAUGUGAAAGGCCAGGCGGUGUUGAUGAGGAUGCUGGUGGUGGUGUCCAGCCUGUACAUCCUGUGCACGGCUCCUAACAUCAUCCUGGCGCUGUCGCGAUUCAUUGAGCCGGAGUUUCGUGCUGGAGGUCGCUAUAGCAACUUUUUUAUGGCGACGCAUGCUAUCUCACAACUUCCGGUUAUGUUCAACUCUUCAGUCAACUUUUUUGUUUUUGCUAAAAUGUCUUCCCGGUUUCAAUACGUGUUAAAGACAUUGUGUCUUUGCAUGAGGACCUCAGUUAGCUCCAGGUCUUCUCUCGGUACUAUUAACCACUCCAAGGAAAAACAUUAA